AUUUGAGGUUAAGUGACAUACCGACUGAUUGCCUUGCUUCUACUGCCGUUCGUUUUGUUAAAUAUCUGCGCAUAAAAAUGGCUUUAUCUGUACCAAAAGCACCCGGAGUGGCGCAAAUGUUAAAGGAUGGCGCCCGAAUGUACAGCGGCCUGGAGGAGGCAGUCUAUCGCAACAUCACUGCCUGCAAGGAGUUUGCACAGACUAUGCGUUCAGCAUAUGGUCCCAAUGGCAUGAACAAAAUGAUCAUCAAUCACAUAGACAAGCAGUUUGUGACCAGCGAUGCGGGUACCAUUAUGCGUGAGCUGGAUGUGGAGCAUCCAGCAGCCAAGCUCAUGGUUAUGGCCAGCCAGAUGCAGGAUGCUGAGGUGGGUGAUGGCACCAACUUUGUGGUUGUGUUUGCUGGCGCUUUGCUCGAGGCGGCUGAGGAGCUGCUGCGUUUGGGCAUUACCACAGCAGAAAUUGCUGAUGGCUAUGAGAAGGCUUUGAAUAAGUCACUGGAGAUAUUGCCCAAGAUGGUGUGUCACAAGAUUGAGGACUACCGCGAUGUUGAUAAGGUCAAGGAGGUGCUGCGCACGGUCAUUAUGUCAAAACAGUACGGACAGGAGGACUUCCUUAACGAUUUGGUGAGCAAGGCUUGCGUUUCCAUAUUGCCCGAUGAGGGUACCUUUAAUGUGGACAACAUUCGCAUCUGCAAAAUUCUGGGCAGUGGUCUGACCAAGUCCGAAGUGGUGCGCGGCAUGGUGUUCAAGCGUUUUGUCGAAGGCGAUGUAUCCUACGCUGAGAAGGCCAAGGUUGUUAUCUUCUCCUGCCCCGUUGACAUCAUACAGACUGAAACCAAGGGCACAGUCCUAAUCAAGUCUGCGGAUGAGCUGAUGAACUUCUCUUCUGGCGAGGAGAGUCUGUUGGAAACUCAGAUUAAGGCUAUUGCCGAUACCGGUGUAAAGGUUGUUGUUGCCGGCGGUAAGGUUGGCGACAUGGCGCUGCAUUUCCUGAACAAAUAUGGCCUCAUGGCGGUGCGCCUGAAUUCCAAAUUCGAUUUGCGUCGUCUGAGCCGUGCAGUUAACGCUACAGUUCUGCCACGCAUCACAACGCCCAGCCAGGAGGAAUUGGGCUACUGCGACAAGGUGUGCAUUGAGGAGCUCGGUGAUACCACAAUUGUGGCCUUCAGAAAUGAAGGCAAGGACUCACGCAUAUCGACAAUUGUUAUUCGUGGUGCCACAGAUAACUUUAUGGAUGAUAUAGAGCGCGCGUUGGAUGAUGGCAUCAACACCUUCAAGUGCCUGACUCGUGAUGGUCGCUUUGUGCCAGGCGCUGGUGCUACUGAAAUUGAGCUGGCCACACAGCUGGCUGCAUAUGCUGACACUUUGCCCGGUCUGGAUCAGUAUGCUGUGCGCAAGUUUGCCACCGCUCUUGAAGUAUUCCCCAAGGCAUUGGCUGAAAAUUCCGGCAGUAACGGCACCGAUAUUGUGAACCAACUGUAUCUUGCUCACAACUCUGAGCAGGGCAAGAACAUGGGAUACGACAUUGAAGCCGAAAAGGCAACCACAAUCGAUACAGUUUCAGCGAAACUCUACGAUCUGUAUCAAGCUAAGUUCUGGGGUCUCAAGUAUGCUGUCGGUGCAGCUGCUACCAUUCUGAAAGUGGACCAGAUUAUCAUGGCCAAGCGUGCUGGAGGUCCCAAACCAAGGCAGGCGGCCGGCAGUGAUGAUGAAAGCUAAACAUUUCGACUCAGUCAGCUACACUAAAAUGUUUAACUUAAUAAUUUUAGUAGAAUAUGCAGAGAAUGCUUUAUAUAUGUAUUUUCAUACGCUAAAAGAUUCACAAGAA